AUGGCGACUACGAAGAAGAGCAAGCCGCAGCCGCCGCCCGAGUCGAAGGAAUCGGAAGGAGAACCCAUCGCCACGGCUGGGGAGAAGAAGAGGAAGAAGAAGCCGGGCAACGAGAUCGAUGAGAUUUUCCAAGGAAAGAAGGCCAAGAAGAGCAAGACGUCCGCCGCGGGCGAAGAAGAAGCACGGGAGAAAGGAAAGAAGCAGGCUAAGGGAACGGGGGAGGGCGGUGGUAGUAAGAAGACGAAGGAUAAGACGAAGAAGAGGCGGGAAGUGUCUUUGGAUGAAGGAUCCGAGGCACGGGCGCGGCGGAGGAAAACGGGGGACGGGCUCGCCAUUUACUCGGCCGAGGAGCUCGGUUGGGGGAACUCGGAAUCAGGGGGAACCCCUCUUUGCCCUUUCGACUGUUCCUGCUGCUUCUGA